AUGAUUGUCAAAUCCUCGCUCCUGCUGCUAAGCGCAGCCUUUGCCUUCGCUACCGACCAAAUCCCGAUUGGCGGAUCCUCGGCAUGUCUGGCCUCCAGUGAUCCCAACGCCUGCUGUACCGGGGGAGCAACGACUGGCGAGGUGGUCAUUUCUGGCCGUACUUUCGUGUUCACUUGUGGGUCGAAGUUGAUAUCCCUCAAUUCGAACAAUGCCCAAACUUACAAUAAUGCUCAUGAGUGUGCAUCGGAGUGCGCGGCCGACCCAUCCUGUGAAGCAUCAGCUUUCAAAGCAAAGGGCCAGCCAGCUCGUGGUGGAAAGAACUGCUUCUUCUUGAUUGGCGACAACAUGGACCAGAAGUCUGAUGAAGCCUGGAUUGCCUUCACGGAAGUUAUUCCAUCUUGUUUGGAAUCGGAUAAUCCCAACUCUUGCUGCUCUGAUCCAGGUACCAAAGAAGGCGAGGUCUUAAUCGACGGCGUCCUCUGGAAGUGGACCUGCGAUUCAAUUCUCGUAUCACUCAAUCCGACGCACAGGCAGGCACUGAACGUCCAGGAUUGUGCUUCUCAAUGUGCAGCUGAAGGAUGUGACGCAAUUUCCUACCGAAAGCUUGGGAAUCGAGCUGACAAGUGCUUCUUUGUCCAAGGUGACAAUAAGAAUCAAAAAGAAGCUACGACAUUUAUUUCGGUCGCGAAGGUCGUCGAUGAUGUUGUUGAGCCCCCAGCCCCUGAGCCUGGGUGUGAAGAAAAGCUUGCGGAAACUGAUCAAAAGCUCCAAAAUUGCCUCAGCAACCGGCAAGAUCCUGCCAAAUUGACUCAAUGCGAAGCUGAGAAGCUUACCUUGCAAAACAACGAAAAGGACUGCCGUCGGGAGGCUGAGCAGUUUGAACAGAAAAAAGAAGAAUGGCGUUUGAAACACCAGAAGUGUGAAACUGAAAAGGGAGAUAUCAAUCUUGACAAGCAGAAGUGUGAGAAUGACAAAUCAGCCCUGGAGUUGCAGCUCGAUCACAAGAACGAUGAGAUCGCGGCGCUCAAUUCUCAAAUCACGACCCUCAAGGGCAAAUUGUCGGGGCUUCAGCAGUUAUAUGAUGCUUUAGAGAUCGAGUGCAACGGAGAAGGUCCUGAUGGAAAAUGCCGUACGAACAUCUACGACGCCGAGCCUCGUGAUGAUCUAUGCAUUAUCGAUGCUGGAAAUGAGAAGUUCAAGAUUUACUACGGCAAACUUGACGAUGAGGGUUUCUCGGACCUGGGUAGUGGAAGGGCCAACUCUUUCAAGGACUGCGCAGAGAGGUGCGCUAACUACAAGGGCGCGAAGAAGUGUGUGCGUUUCAUGUGGAGCACAGACGGCAAAGACAGAUCCUGCUACAUGAGGUCGCACGGACAGGAGAGGGUUCCUACCCAGUCAUCAAAGUGGAGUUCUGGUCAGCUUCUUUGA